AUGUCUGUGGGAUUUGUCAAGCCCAUUUUGACGGUACAUGCCCGACUUGUAAAUACCCUGGGGAUGACUGCGAGCUGCGUAGUCUCUGGCAAAUGUGGGCAUAGCUUUCACCUUCACUGCAUUAUUGAAUGGAUUAAGCAGGAAUCCUCUAAGGGACAAUGUCCACUGUGUCGCCAGAAAUUUGAAUGGACUGAGAAUAAACCUGUGGGUGCUUGA